AUGACAAUUGAAUCAAAUCGGGUGACUGAUUCGAGAAGUAAUACAAUCCUUGAUCGAUUUUGUAUCGAGAUUUUACCGCAAAUUCAUGAUAAAGUGGAAUCUCUUACUCUUCAAGCAUGCUUCUUACCACGUGUUCUUCAUGCUACCAAUUAUCUUCAUUUACGUAAGCUUGUUAUUAUCAACCUUGAGCUCAGUAUGGCUUGUCACAUUUUCAAUGAGAAGUCUCCAUUUAUUCAUGUUUUCAAAGAACAAAUCUCAGAACUAAUCUUAACGAUUGGUGACGAAAUUCUGGAUGAAUCAAAUGUAAAAUUAUUAACUGAUAUUUAUAAUCGUAUUUUUGGCUUAUUUACAAAUCUCAAAUAUUUGGAUUUAGAUGGCGAUGACACUUAUGCUUUCUCUCGAUCGUUGUUGACUGGUUUAUCAUCUACAACAUGUUGUUCAUCGAGUAUUGUUCAUUUACGUAUCAAAAUGCAGAACAUUGAUGAUUGUCUUUAUUUACUUGAUGGUCGUCUUAGUCAAUUACAUACAUUAAUUAUCAAUCUUGAUUAUAUCCAUGAUCCAGUACAGAUCAGACUACGUUCAUCAAACAUUAUACGUCAUUCAUUGAAAAUCAUGAAUAAUUUGGCCAAUCCACUUCGACUCAAGUGUUUUUCCUUAUACAUAUAUCAGACAACAACUGAAUUUGACAGUCUAGCGGUACUUUUCCUUCGUCGAAUGACGCAUCUAGAAAAGCUCACCUUAUCUCUUCGCGUUGGUAAGAAAAAUUCCUUCAUUGAUGGUACUUAUUUGGAUAAUUAUAUACUCAGUCAAAUGCCAUAUUUACAUACAUUUCACUUCGAUAUUGUAACCGAUCAUGCCAGUAUUAAUCAACAACAACCUAAACCAACACCUGAUGAUAUUCGACGUACAUUCAUGGAAAGAGGACAUCAUGUUGAUUGUUAUAUUGAUUAUCGAUUUUAUAAUUCAGGUCGAUGUCAUGUUUAUUCACUUCCAUUUCAUAUGGAACGUAUAUGUCAAAUAACGUACAGUUUUCCUGGUGGUAUGUUCAUCAAUGUUCGUGUUCUACAUAUGAAGGACUAUUAUCACCCAUUCGAACACAAGUUCUUUGCCAAAAUCUCACGUUCAUUUCCAUUACUCAAUCGUCUGAUGCUUUCCAAUGCAAAAGAACAAAAAGAGAAACAUUAA